AUGGGUGCUGCGAUUUCAUUACCUUUGAUGCCUAUAACAUCACUAGCAUCAUGUUGCGGAGCUGCUGCCUGUUCAGCAUUUUGUACUUCAAUUGGUGGUACUUUCAAAUCAUCAAUAAUGACAAGAAUCACUUAUGCAAUACUAUUAUUGAUUAAUUCUUUAUUAUCAUGGAUAGCUUUAUCACCAUUUAUUAUAAAUAAAAUAGAGAAAGCAACUUUUGGAUUUAUAAACAUUAGUUGUGGACCAGAUGGAAGUCAAUGUAUUAGUUUUACUUCUGUGCAUAGAAUUAAUUUUGCUCUUGGUAUAUUACAUUUGAUAUUAGCCAGUUUAUUGGUGAAUGUUAAAUCAACAGCUAAUCCUAGAGCUAUAAUUCAAAAUGGUUGUUGGAAAUUAAAGAUAUUUGCUUGGAUAACAUUUAUAAUUGUCAAUUUUAUUAUUAUACCCGAUAGUUUUUUCAUAUUUUAUGGGAAUAAUAUUGCCAUAAUUUUUUCCACAAUUUUCUUAGGAAUUGGAUUGAUUUUAUUAGUUGAUUUUGCUCAUGCUUGGGCAGAGAAAUGUUUAGAAAAAAUAGAAAUGGAAGAAUUGACUGGUGAAGGUGAUGCCAGUUUUUGGAAAAAAUUAUUAAUUGGAGGCACUUUGGCCAUGUAUUCCGGAAGUAUUAUUUUGACGAUUCUAAUGUAUUGGUUUUUCGCUGGUAGUGGAUGUUCUAUGAAUAAAACAGCAAUUUCAUUGAAUUUAGUCUUUUCAGUUAUUAUUUCCGCAAUGUCAAUUCAUAAUACAAUUCAAGAAUAUAACCCUAAUGCAGGGUUAGCACAAUCAUCAAUGGUGGUAUUUUAUUGUACUUAUCUCGUGAUGAGUGCUGUGGCAUCGGAACCUGAUGAUAAGUUUUGUAAUCCAUUAAUUAGAUCUAGAGGUACUAGAACUGCUAGUGUUAUUUUAGGGGAUUUUUUCACUUUUAUAGCUGUUGCUUACACUACCACUAGAGCAGCAGCAAAUUCUGCCUUUAGUAGUGAAUCUAGUGCAAACUUUGUGUCUACAGGAAUCACUACUCAACAACCAUCAGCUAGAAAUGAGAUGAGAUACCAAGCAAUCAAACAAGCAGUUGAUGAAGGACUGUUACCAGAAAGUGCAUUAAAUCAAUUGGAUUUAUAUGAAGAUGAAGAUGUUAAUGAUGAAGAAAUACAAUCAGUGCAGUACAAUUAUUCUUUGUUUCAUAUUAUUUUCUUUUUGGCUACUCAAUACGUUGCUACAUUAUUAACAAUAAAUGUUAAACAAGACGAUUACGGUGAUUUCGUUCCCGUGGGGAGAACUUAUUUUGCCAGUUGGGUCAAAAUUAUAAGUUCAUGGGUUUGUUUUGUGUUGUAUGGUUGGAGUUUAUUGGCUCCAGUUAUUUGGCCCGAUAGAUUCGGAAUUCAAGUUUAA